GUAGACAGUAGCUACAAGUCUGGCAGCGAUCCCCCGAUAACAUAAAAGUAAAAAUCGGGCCAAUGCAUGUGACGUUUUGAGACAUCGCCGAUUCGAGUUUGUUUGUAAAUCCGGUUCGCGCACCUGCCUUCGCCUUUAUAUACUCGAAUCAUGCAAGAAAUCGGCUGAGCUACGCAGCCGUGCCGCAGUCAUGGCCCGCCCGCCCUGCGCUCAACAUAGCCCAGACCGAGCACGGUGAUACGCGACACCACAGUGUAGUGAAGUGAUCGUGAACCUGGCCCGGUUAUGAAGUGAGGAUGUCUCAAGCGCCAGCCGGCAAAAAAGGCGGAAAGGGUCCGCCUAAGAAAAACACCGAAGAUGAUAAAUCAGCAGCGGCGAAGGUCACGGAUGAUAAGGAUGAGACGUCCUCCGUCAACGGUGAUAAGAAAGAGAUUAAGGAGAGCAAUGGAGACGUUCCAAAGCCUCCCAGCGCGGGGGUUAACAUGCGGGAGGCGGCAGCGAAGGUGCUGGUGCUGGCCCAGAAGACAGAAUGGUCGGCGGUGGAGAACACUCUCAAAGUGCUGGAGAAGCUGGUGGCGGCCGGUGGAGAUGACGCCGUCACCGUGCCCAUGGCGGGCAUACACGAUCCGACCACGGGCAUGACACCGCUCAUGUACGCCGUGAAGGACAACCGCACAUCGUUCGUCGAGCGGCUGAUCGAGCUGGGCUCGGACGUCGGCGCGAGAAACAAUGAUAACUACAAUGUGUUGCACAUCUCUGCGAUGUAUUCCCGUGAGGACAUCGUUAAGCUGCUACUCUCCAAGCGAGGAGUUGAUCCUUUUGCCACCGGAGGGAGCCGACAACAGACGGCGGUCCACCUCGUGGCCAGCAGACAGACCGGCACGGCCACCAGCAUUCUUCGGGCGCUGCUCACAGCGGCGGGGAAGGACAUACGGCUGCGAGCGGACGGAAGGGGCAAGAUCCCGCUCCUUCUGGCGGUGGAGGCGGGCAACCAGAGCAUGGUGCGCGAGCUUCUCAGCGCACAGACCGCGGAACAGCUCAAGGCAUCGACGCCGGCCGGCGACACGGCGUUGCACCUGGCAGCGCGCCGACGCGACGUCGACAUGGCGCGCAUCCUCGUCGACUACGGCGCCGCCAUCGACGCCACCAACGAGGCCGGCAUGACGGCGCUGCACAUCUCCGCCGCCGAGGGCGACGAGCCACUCGUCAAGUACUUCUACGGAGUCAGGGCUAAUGCAGCCAUUGCUGAUAAUGAAGACCGGACUCCAAUGCAUUUGGCGGCGGAGAACGGGCACGCGGCAAUCAUCGAGCUGCUGGCGGACAAGUUCAAGGCGUCUAUCUUCGAGCGCACGAAGGACGGCAGUACGCUCAUGCACAUCGCCUCCCUAAACGGCCACGCCGACUGCGCUAUGAUGCUCUUCAAGAAAGGAGUCUAUCUCCAUAUGCCUAAUAAGGAUGGAGCCCGCAGCAUACACACAGCGGCACGCUAUGGACAUGUUGGGAUUAUCAACACCCUCCUGCAAAAAGGAGAAAGCGUGGACGUGACUACUAAUGAUAACUACACGGCUCUCCACAUAGCGGUGGAAUCCUGCAAACCUGCUGUGGUGGAAACCUUACUCGGUUAUGGAGCCGACGUUCACAUUAGAGGAGGCAAGCAGCGAGAAACGCCGUUACACAUUGCUGCGAGAAUACCUGAAGGUGAUAAGUGCGCAUUAAUGCUUUUAAAGUCUGGAGCUGGGCCGAACAAAGCAACCGAGGAUGGAAUGACACCGGUUCACGUGGCAGCUAGAUAUGGAAAUUUGGCAACUUUGGUACUUUUAUUAGAAGAUGGAGGAGACCCGUUAAAGAAGACCAAGACUGGAGAAACGCCUCUACACAUGGCCUGCAGAAGUUGUCAACCGUACGUCGUACGCCACCUUAUAGAGUUCGUGAAGGAACAUAAAGGCGAAAGCGUCGCGACUUCAUAUUUAGACGCCGUAGAUGAUGAUGGAGCAAGCGCUCUUCACUACGCUUGCAAAAUCAAAAAAGAAGAAGUAAAAAUUCCCGCAGCUGACAGAGAAGUUGUCAAAUGCCUCAUAGAAAAUGGAGCUGAUGUAACUCUUAUAACAAAGCAUAAUCAUGAAACGGCAUUUCACUUUUGUGCAAUUGCGGGAAAUAAUGAUGUGAUGACAGAAAUGAUAACACAUAUGUCAGCUGCUGACGUUGGUAGAGCUCUUAACAAACAAAACUCUGUUGGUUGGACGCCGCUUCUCAUAGCAUGCCAUAGAGGACAUAUGGAACUGGUCAGUACGCUAUUAUCCAACCAUGCCAGGGUAGAUGUAUUCGACGUUGAAGGGCGAUCUGCUUUGCAUUUAGCAGCUGAACACGGUUAUCUACAAGUCUGUGAUGCACUUUUAACCAAUAAAGCCUUUAUCAAUUCCAAAGCCAGAAACGGAAGAACGGCACUGCACUUGGCAGCAAUGAAUGGGUACGCGCACUUAGUGAAAUUUUUAAUACGCGACCAUAACGCCAUGAUAGAUGUACUUACACUGAAAAAGCAAACGCCGUUACAUCUAGCGGCGGCUAGCGGACAAAUAGAAGUUUGUAAGCUUUUGUUGGAGCUCGGGGCAAAUAUCGAUGCUACUGAUGAAUUAGGUCAGAAACCUAUACAUGCCGCUGCACAAAACAAUUAUUCAGAGGUUGUGCAGUUAUUUUUACAGCAACAUCCAAACCUUGUAAUGGCCACUACAAAAGACGGCAAUACAUGCGCACAUAUAGCUGCUAUUCAAGGUUCAGUGAAAGUGAUUGAAGAACUUAUGAAGUUCGAUCGGACUGGUGUUAUUUCUGCCCGUAAUAAAUUGAACGACUCUACUCCGCUGCAGUUGGCAGCAGAGGGAGGCCAUGCAGACGUGGUCCGAGUCCUCGUAAGAGCGGGUGCAUCUUGUACCGAUGAGAACAGAGCAGGUCUCACCGCUGUACAUUUAGCUGCUGAAAAUGGACAUACUAAUGUAUUAGAUGUCAUGAGGUCAACAAACACUUUGAGGAUAUCGAGUAAAAAGCUAGGCCUUACUCCUUUACACAUAGCAGCGUAUUACGGACAAGCUGAAACCGUCCGCGAGCUGCUGUCCUAUGUCCCGGGAACUGUAAAGUCGGAAGCCCCAACCGGUGUAUCCCUAGUUCCCGUACUAGGAUCCGAGUCCGGCCUGACUCCACUUCACCUGGCGGCCUACAACGGCAACGAAAACGUUGUGCGAUUACUACUUAACUCGGCGGGAGUGCAAGUCGACGCCGCUAGCACAGAAAAUGGCUAUAAUCCACUCCAUCUUGCGUGCUUCGGUGGGCAUAUGUCGAUCGUCGGUCUUUUACUCAGUAGAUCGGCGGAGUUACUACAAAGCACAGAUCGGCAUGGAAAAACUGGGUUGCAUAUAGCUUCUACCCAUGGACAUUACCAGAUGGUUGAGGUGUUACUGGGUCAGGGCGCAGAAAUCAAUGCCACAGAUAAAAACGGUUGGACGCCAUUACACUGUGCAGCAAAAGCCGGGCACCUCAACGUUGUCAAACUUCUAUGCGAAUCUGGAGGAUCACCUAAAAGUGAAACGAAUCUAAAUUGUGCACCUAUAUGGUUCGCCGCAUCUGAAAAUCACAACGAUGUCCUUGAGUACUUGUUACACAAAGAGCAUGACACACAAUCUUUAAUGGACGACAAACGAUUCGUUUACAACCUCAUGGUGUGCUCAAAAAAUCACAACAAUAUACCAAUAGAGGAGUUCGUGCUAGUUUCACCGGCGCCCGUUGAUACCGCCGCUAAGUUAUCCAACAUCUACAUUAAUUUAUCUACUAAGGAAAAGGAACGUGCCAAAGACCUCAUCGCCGCGGGAAAACAAUGCGAGGCGAUGGCUACAGAGCUGCUGGCGCUCGCGGCGGGCGCGGACUCCGCCGGGCACAUUCUCACCGCCACCGACAACCGAAACAUCGAAUUCCUCGAUGUUCUCAUUGAGAAUGAACAAAAAGAAGUCAUUGCUCACACAGUUGUUCAAAGAUAUCUUCAGGAACUCUGGAGAGGGAGCCUCAAAUGGACUGGCAUCAAAAUUAUGUUCCUUUUUUUCGCAUUUAUAAUCUGUCCACCUGUUUGGAUGGUGUUUUCUCUUCCCAUUUUAAAAUACAAUAAGGUUCCAAUUAUUAAGUUCAUGUCAUAUUUGACUUCUCACAUUUACCUCAUGAUAUUGUUAGCUUUAGUGGCAAUUACGCCCAUUUAUAACUCUAUAUUUAGGGAAAGUUUAGUACCGAGAUGGUACGAGUGGAUGCUGCUCAUCUGGUUGAGCGGUCUUCUUUUGUUCGAGCUAACUAACCCCAGUGACAAAUCAGGCUUAGGGUGGAUUAAGAUAGCAGUAUUAAUAUUGGGUAUGAUAGGGGUAGCCGCGCAUGUCGUGGGCUGGAUAUUUGUCGAAAAAAAAUACUGGCCAACUCUAAUGUACUGUAGAAAUCAGUGUUUCGCCUUAUCAUUUUUACUAGCUUGUGUUCAAAUCCUGGAUUUCUUGUCAUUCCAUCAUUUGUUCGGGCCAUGGGCCAUUAUCAUCGGUGACCUCAUGAAAGACUUGGGAAGGUUUCUCGCAGUGUUAGCGAUAUUUGUAUUUGGUUUUUCGAUGCAUAUCGUCGCGUUAAACCAGCCAUUCAGGAAUAUUGUCAAACCAGAGGACGCAAAAAUUGCCAGAACGGCUCGGAGGAAACUGUUUUCCGACGUGACCAUGAAUCCAAUAUUCUCGUUCGAGCUGCUGUUCUUCGCGGUGUUCGGCCAGACUACGACGGAGCAGACGCGCGUGCACCGCAACGACAGCAACGUGCAGCCGCUCUGGACCAAUUAUCUCUUCAAAAUAGUGUUCGGGAUCUACAUGCUGGUGUCCGUGGUCGUGCUGAUCAAUCUGCUCAUCGCUAUGAUGUCAGAUACGUACCAGCGUAUUCAGGCUCAAUCAGACAUCGAGUGGAAGUACGGGCUGUCGAAGCUGAUCCGCAACAUGCACCGCACAACCACAGCCCCGUCGCCGCUUAACCUCGUCACCACCUGGCUCAUGUGGCUCAUCCAAAAGUGCAAGGGUCGCAUAACAAAGAAGAAGCGUCCAAGCCUGGUGCAUAUGAUUGGAUUGCAGAGGCAGGACCAGAUGAGCGCGAGGACCAAGGCCGGUGCCAAGUGGCUGUCCAAGGUGAAGAGGGGACAAGUUGUACCCAAAGAGUCUACACGUCUCUCAGUGGUGCACUUGAGCCCACUGGGUUCCCAGAUGAGCUUCAACAACAUGACGAGAAUAGAAAACGUCGUGGAUUGGGAGAUCAUAGCGAAGAAGUACCGCGCGCUCAUGCGCGACGAGCCCGAGGAGCCGGUACUUAAGGAUACCGACUUGGAAGAGGCCGACAACACGUCAGAAAUAGUCCCCAACAAUGUAGGGGCUCCGCCUUGAACCCAUAGAAAGAUAGUGAGGGAUGCGUUUAUAAACAUAAUA